AUUGAAAGGUUCCGCCAUCAUUGAUUGGACCAGAGCAACUUCAGUAACCACUUUAAACCAAUAGGAAGCGUUCUAAGGAAACAUCCGGGAUCCUUCUCCUCGUUUCUUCCGUCUGAACGACCUCACGUCCUCAACGAACAGCCGUGCAGCUGACGAACCGGGUUCUCUGUCGGGAUUUUGGGAGAACUCCAGAGUCGUAAUCAUGGUUUUUGAGAGGAAGAUGCUCACGUACGGCGACCCCGACGACGAGAAGGAAGAUGUGCCAGCUGAAGAAGAAGAAGAGGAGGAAGAAGAAGAAGACAUGGUGGAUCCUUUAGAGACGAUACGGACCAAGUGUGAGCAGACUGAACACUGUGUGCACUACAAGGAGCGUCUGGAGGCCUGUGAAACCAGAGUUGGCUCCAAAUCCAACACCACUGAAGAAUGCACGGAAGAAUUGUUUGACUUUCUGCAUGCACGGGACCAUUGUGUGGCACACAAGCUGUUCCAUAUCGUGAAAUAACCUUCCUGGCCAGCUCCACUUGCAGCUGUAAAAUCUUCAAGAUUGCUCUGUUGUUCUGUGUAUUAAUGUUCAAGAAGGUUCUUGGACUAAAUACAUGUCACCCUUUCGUACAGUGCAUACUUGUGUAGAUGGCGUCGGAAGCAGUCUGUAAAAUAUGAGUCACUGCUUGUAGGUAAUGGAGGACUUAAAUCUCACUUGUCAGUUAAUUUGCAAAAGCAAACAUGCUGCUCUAGCAAUUCAUAUAUUUCUACUCAGGUUUGGCCAUGGAUGCAUUGCUCUCACUGGAAAAUAAACAAACAUUCUUUGUUA